GCCAGGUACACACCUGACCCCUAACCCUGAACAGGUGAUGACCCACCUACGUGUGAUCGAGGAGAGGAUGAACCAGAGUCUGUCUCUGCUCUACAAGGUUCCCUACGUCGCCGAGGAGAUCCAGGAUGAGAUUGAUGAGUUGCUUCAGGAGCAGAGGGCAGACAUGGACCAGUUCCUGUCGUCCAUCUCAGAGUCUCAGCCGGACGUUACCGUGUCAUCAGAGGAGAGUGUGGAGCUUCCUGUCUCCGAGGGGAAACCCUACCGCCCCUUCCAGGUCACCUCCCUGGGAUCGCGACCUGAACCAGAGGGUGAGACCCAGACUAAAACACUAUUUCAUACCCUAUACCCCUCUCAACCAAGUGUGCACUUGCCCACUCCGCCCUCAGAAAUCCGGGUAGAACUGUAAACUCACUCUAACCAA